AAUGAAUAUAAGAGAGAAAUUAUUGAGAGUAAAAUAAUCUGCCCCACUUUAUAAAUUGUAGACACCUUAGGUUUUAAAGGAAGAAUAUUUAAAUGCAAAUUCAAAAAAAUGGUUGACAAAAGGAAUUGAUAUAACAGAUUACUUUAAUUAUGGAUUUAAUGAUGCCACUUUAAAAUUAUAUAUCCAAAAACUGAAUAAGUUAACUGAUUUAAAUUUAAGUAAACUUCAAAAAGAAUAUACUGCUAGAAUGACUGAAUAAAAAGAAUUAGUUUUUAAGGAUAAUAUUCCUAUGGAUUAUGGAGGCCUUGGAAUAACCUCAGUAUCAGAAUGUUUACCUUAAGAAUUAGAAGGUUAAAAGGAAUCUUUUAUUUUCAAAAACAUAGAUUUAGAAGAUUUUAAAGGAGAUUUUAUAUUUACUAAUGAAACAAUCCUUGAUAUAUUUAGUCAUUAUAAAUUGUAUUUAGAAUAGCUUAUAACAAAAUGUGAUUGUUUUGAUUUUGAUCUUGUUAUGUAGCAUUCAUAAGAAGAAAACAAAUGGUAAAAAGAAUUAGAAAAACUUUUAAGAAAGGAUAGCAAUCAUCUAAUAGAUGAAUUGUAAGAAAAAAAAAAAAUUAAGCAUGAAAAAAAGAAAUCAAAAAAGGAAAAGAAAUAAAAAAAAGAGAAAAAAAAAAAGCAUAAAAAAAAAUACUCUCAAGAAGAUUCGAUUUAAAUAGUUCCAUAAUAAAUUGUAGUUAGAUAAGAUUCUCCAUCUAUUGAUUCAAAAUCAAAUAGAAUUGAAUGUGAAUUACAAAUGGAUUCUUUAUCCGAUCAUUUAAGUAAAUACCCUUAAGAUGAAAUUUAACUUUCUUCCCCCUCUCCAAUUCCAGAAAUUCACUAAUAAUAAUUGCCUCCACCUUAACCUUAAGAGCCGAUCAGAUAAAGAAAUCAUAAUUGGCCUAGAAAUUUAAUUCAUGGAAUUCUAUAAGGAAAUAAAAAUUAAUAAAGAAGAUGA